AAGUUGAUAAGUUCCUCUGACGCCCCUUUCUAUGCCUCUAUUGUAGAGAUAAUUCAACUCACCCAAAAAGAAAAAGUAGAAAGAAAGUAUUCAGGAAACAUCAUUUAAACAAUAGAAACCUGGUCGUGAGUUGAUAGAAACCAGUAGGGACUGUGGUGAGAGCCAGUCACUGUAGGACGAAGCGACAGGCAUGGAGCUCUGGCGCUCCUAACAUUGGUAUUAUGAACUUUGACGAGAGCCUGAAGGCAGUAGCGAUUGUUGUUGGGUUUUUUGCACCGGCACAUUCACGUGCUGAAGCGGUAACGAUGCAGAUGCCGUUGAUCGUUUACGGUCGAAGCACGUGUGUGUGAGAGGAGCUGUCAUGGCUGCAAUGAUCCCACCAGUCAAGCUGAAAUGGCUGGAGCACUUGAAUAGCUCCUGGAUCGCCGAGGACAGCGAGUCCAUCUCCACCCGUGAGGGCGUAGCACUGUUGUACUCCAAGCUCCUGGCCAAUAAAGAGGUGGUGGUGCUCCCCCAGCAGGUCCUGUGCCUGAAGGGUCCUCAGCUUCCAGACUUUGAGCGAGAAUGUCUGUCCAGCGAUGAGCAGGAGCACUACCUGGACGCACUGCUGGCCAGCCAGCUUGCCCUGGCUAAGACGGUGUGCUCCGAUUCGCCCUUUGCCUCCGCCCUGCGCAAGCGCCUCCUGGUCCUGCAGAGGAUCUUUUACGCACUUUCCAACAAGUACCACGACAAGGGCAAGGUGAAGGCCCAGCAGCACGCCCCUGAGAGCGCACCGGGCUCGGCUGAGCUGCAGGCAGUCAGCGAGCGGCCGCGCUCCAGCACCGACGCGCUCAUCGAGAUGGGAGUGCGCACGGGUCUCAGUCUGCUGUUCUCUCUGCUGCGGCAGAGCUGGACACUGCCACCCGCUGGGCCGGGCCUCAACCUCUGCAACGAUGUCAUCACAACUGCAAUCGAGGUGGUUGGUUCCUUGCCGCCGCUCUCACUGGCCAACGAGAGCAAGAUCCCCCCCAUGGGUCUGGACUGUCUGGCCCAGGUCAGCACCUUCCUGAAGGGCCUGAGUGUGCGAGGCUCGGGGGCCGACGUGGUGGGCCGCAGGCUGGCGUGUGAGCUGCUGCUGGGCCUGGCUGCACAGAGGGGCUCCCUGCGAUACCUGCUGGAGUGGGUGGAGAUGGCGCUGGCCGCCUCCACAGGCAUCAUGGGCCUGGAGCCCGGCCAGAAUCAGGAGGGGCUGAUGGGAUAUGACUGCUUCAUGAGCAUUCUCAUGCAGAUGAGACGAUCGCUGGGUUCGUCUGCGGACCGCAGCCAGUGGAAGGAGCCGUCACGCACCCCAGACAGCUUGUGCUCCCUGUAUGAGGCGGCACUCUGCCUGUUUGAGGAGGUCUGUCGUAUGGCGUCUGACUACUCAAGGACGUGUGCCAGCCCAGACAGUAUCCAGGCAGGGGAGGCGGCCAUGGUGUCUGAGAUGUGUGAGGUGUAUGUGUGGGGCAGUAACAGCAGUCACCAGCUGGUGGAGGGCACGCAGGAAAAGAUCCUCCAACCCAAACUGGCGCCCAGCUUCAGUGAUGCACAAACGAUUGAGGCUGGCCAGUAUUGCACGUUUGUGAUCUCUCCUGAUGGAUCCGUGCGGGCUUGUGGGAAGGGCAGCUAUGGUCGCCUGGGCCUGGGGGACUCCAACAACCAGUCCACUCUUAAGAAGCUGACCUUUGAACCUCACCGUGCUAUUAAGAAGGUUUCAUCAUCCAAGGGCUCUGACGGUCACACGCUGGCGUUCACCAGUGAGGGGGAGGUGUUCAGCUGGGGGGAUGGAGACUAUGGCAAGCUCGGACACGGGAACAGCUCCACUCAGAAAUAUCCCAAACUCAUCCUGGGCCCCCUGCAAGGAAAGGUGGUGGUAUGUGUUUCAGCAGGCUACCGUCACAGUGCAGCUGUUACUGAGGAUGGAGAGCUGUACACAUGGGGAGAAGGUGACUUUGGAAGACUAGGCCAUGGUGACAGUAACAGUAGGAACAUUCCCACCCUGGUGAAGGAUAUCAGUAAUGUGGGAGAGGUGUCCUGUGGGAGCUCCCACACCACUGCGCUGUCCAAGGAUGGACGCACAGUUUGGUCCUUUGGAGGUGGAGACAAUGGUAAGCUUGGUCAUGGUGAUACUAAUCGUGUGUACAAGCCCAAGGUGGUGGAGGCACUGCAAGGCAUGUUCAUUCGCAAGGUGUGUGCUGGCAGCCAGUCGUCCCUGGCACUCACCUCCACGGGGCAGGUGUUCUCCUGGGGCUGUGGAGCAUGUCUGGGCUGCGGCUCGGCGGAGGCCACAGCCCUGAGGCCCAAGCUGAUCGAAGAACUGGCCACCACUCGCGUUGUGGACAUCUCGAUAGGAGACAGCCAUUGUCUUGCUCUGUCACAUGACAAUGAAGUUUAUGCAUGGGGUAAUAACUCCAUGGGCCAGUGUGGUCAGGGCAACUCUACUGGUCCCAUUACCAAACCCAAGAAGGUGAUUGGCUUAGAUGGAGUUGCCAUUCAGCAGAUAUCUGCAGGGACCUCCCACAGCCUAGCCUGGACUGCCCUCCCUAGAGACAGACAGGUGGUGGCGUGGCACAGGCCAUACUGUGUGGAUCUGGAGGAGAGCACGUUUUCCCACCUGCGCUCCUUUCUGGAACGUUACUGCGACGGCAUCAACAGUGACGAGCCACCGCCACCUUUCCCCUCUUCCAAAGAACAUCAUCAUUUCCUGAAGUUGUGCCUGAGGCUGCUGUCCAAUCACCUGGCUUUGGCCCUGGCAGGAGGCGUGGCCACCAGUAUCCUAGGGCGACAGGCUAGACCUCUCCGCAACUUGCUGUUUAGGUUGAUGGAUGCUUCAGUUCCUGAUGACAUUCAGGAGGCUGUCAUCGAGACUCUGUCAGUAGGAGCCACAAUGCUGUUGCCUCCACUGAGGGAGAGAAUGGAGCUGCUGCACUCACUGCUGCCCCAAGGGCCAGACCGCUGGGAGAGCCUCUCCAAGGGACAGAGGAUGCAGUUGGACAUCAUUUUAACUAGCCUCCAGGAUCACACACAUGUAGCAUCUUUGCUGGGAUACAGUUCUCCUCCAGACGCAGCUGAGCCCCUCUCCAUGCCUUCAGACUCCACACACAGUCCUGGCACCCAUGCACACACACACCCUGACACACACCUGGCAGAGGUCCUCAUGAAGACUCUCCUCAGGAACCUCGGCUUCUACACGGACCAGGCAUUUGGUGAGCUGGAGAAGAACAGUGAUAAACAUCUCCAGGGAACGUCUUCCUCAGACAGCAGCCAACCUGCUCACCUACAUGAACUGCUCUGCUCUCUCCACAAACAGCUGCUGGCCUACUGCCACAUGAAUGCUGUCACAGAGAGCUCCAGCAGUCUGGCUCUCCUCCAUAAACACCUCCAGCUGUUACUGCCUCAUGCCACAGACAUCUUCACCCGCUCAGCCCUACUCCUGAGGGAGAGCUCUGGAAAUGGCACCGUGUGCAGCAAACUACGAGACGUGAUCUAUGUGUCUGCUGCAGGUAGCAUGCUGUGUCAGAUGGUGACAUCGGUGCUGCUGCUGCCUGUGUGGUCUGCACGUCCCGUCCUCCCCUUCCUGCUGGACCUGCUACCGCCGUUAGACCUGCUGAACCGACUGCUGCCCGCAGCCUCGCCGUCAGAGGACCAGGAGCUACAGUGGCCCUUACACGGGACACAGGAGUUGGUGGAACCUGUAUGUGUGUCUAGCCCAGCCCACUGCUGGGUGUGGCUGGUGGAUCUGGAGCGCACAGUGGCUCUGUUGAUUGGCCGUUGCCUAGGUGGCAUGCUACAGGGCCCCGCCCCCUCUCUGGAGGAGCAACACACUGCAUACUGGCUCAAAACUCCGCUGUUCAGUAACGGCUUGGAGACAGACAUACCACAGCUAGACGCCUCCGUUAGCGCUCUGUUGGAGGUGGCGCUGUGUGGGGAUGAGGAACAGAAGCCUUUUGACUGUGUGCUGCGUGCUGACAUGAGUGUGUUAGUGGACCUGGCACUGGGAACCACCAAGGAGCCCACACACAGUCUGUGGACCAACAUGCAGGACUACGCCCUCAGCAAGGACUGGGACAGCGCAUCUCUGGGUAACGAGGCUCUGCUGGACGCAGUCUCACGCUUCACUCUGGCAGCUCUGCUAAAGCACACAGGCCUGAUCGACCAGGCGUGCGGAGAGGGCAGGUAUCAACCCUGUAAGCUGCUGGCUGAACUCUACCGCGGCGUCUACAAGGUGCGCAGUCGCUUAUUGGCCUGCAGGAACAUGGACCUGAUCCAGACACGCUCGUCCUCAAGAGAGCGCAGGAUCUCUGAUAACAUAGAGUCCCUGGACCUGGACCCACAGGAGCACUCCUUCACCCGCACCAUCGAUGAGGAGGCGGAGCUGGAGGAGCGGGCUGAGCGAGAGCGGGAGCGUGAAGAGGUCCACCAGGAGCACGACGAUGAGGAGAGGACGCAUGAGGUCAUGACUGCAGGAAAAAUCUUUCAAUGUUUCCUCUCAGCGCGGGAGGUGGUGCGGGGACGUGAGCGGGACCGGCCCGGCAGCACCAGCGUCCAGGACGAGACCGCACAGCUGGGCCAAGACCACCAGAGCAGCACAGUCCAGCACGAUGGUCAGGAUCUCUACACCGCCGCCUGCAACAGCACCAUCCACCGCUGCGCCUUGCUCUUAUUGGCCGUCAACCCGCCACUCACACCGCACACCAAUCAGCAACCUCCCUUAGCCAGUGCCAUACAGGAGGGAGGCGGGUUUAUGACGAGGAGUGAGAGUUUAUCAGCUGAGAGCCGUUCCAUACAGGCCAGUCCUAGUUACAGACUCACUAAAUCACGCAGUGAGUCUGAUCUAUCACAGCCUGAAUCUGAUGAGGAGGGAUACUCACUGAGCGGCAGGAGAAAUGUUGACCUGGAUUUGAUGUGCACAUACAAGCGAGGUCUACUGCACGGCCCCCCAGAUUCGUCGGCCGACCAGUUCGGGGUCCGCUGGGGUCAAGAGUGUCUUUACAGCUCUCCACCGUCCUACGAGGGGUCGGACCUGGACCUGAGCCGAGCGCUGCGGGUCCACGCCCUCAUCGACAACAUCGUGGCCUUCAUCAGCGGAGACGUGGCCAGCGCACCUGCCUUCAAGGAGCCUGAGGAGAACAUGUCCACCAGCCCACAGGCCAUCACCACGGCCAUGGAGCAGCAGCAGAGCAGAGCCGAGCUGCGGCUGGAGGCCCUUCAUCAGAUUGUGGUGUUGAUCUCUGGGAUGGAGGAGAAAAGUAGUCAGGCUGGAGCAGGGGGCGUGGCUGGACACACUAGCCCUGCCUUCCACUCUGCCUCUCUGCUGACAUCAGUCAGACUGCAGUUCCUGGCCGGGUGUUUCGGACUGGGUGCCGUUAGCAGUGGAGGGCUUAAAGGAGAAAGUGUGCAGCUGCACCACUACCAGGAUGGUGUCCGAGCUGCAAAAAAUACUUUACAGAUGGACAUUCAGACUGCCGUGCACAAAAUCUACCAGCAGCUGUCAGUUACACUGGAAAGAGCCCUGCAGGCCAACAAGCAUCACCUAGAGGCUCAGCAGAGGCUGCUCUUGGUGACAGUCUUUGCCCUCAGCGUGCGCUACCAGCCGGUGGACGUGUCCCUAGCCAUCUCCACUGGCCUGCUGGAUGUUCUGUCCCAGCUGUGCGGCAGGGAGACGCUCCUGGGUCAGACCCUGCAGCUGCUGCACAAGCCAUCUGGCUCCCAGCUCAGCAUGGCUCUGAAAGUGGCCAGCACCAGACUGCUGCAGAUCCUGGCCAUCAGUACUGGGACGUACGCAGACAGGUUAAGUCCUAAGGUAGUCCAGGCCCUCCUGGACCUGCUGUGUAGUCAGUUAAAGACUCUCCUGUGGCAGACGGCGGCCAGCGUGACGGGUCCAAGCGCAGAGCACCAGGACAAGGCAGAUGACUGCGCAGAUGCACACAAAGACUUCAGGGUGUUACGUAAACAGCACACAGCUGAGCUGCACCUUGGCGACUUCCUGGUGUUCCUGCGCAGAGUUGUGUCCUCUAAAUCCAUCCAGUCUAAGAUGGCGUCGCCCAAAUGGACUGAAGUGUUGCUCAACAUUGCAGCUCAGAAAUGCUGCUCAGGUGUUCCCCUGGUGGGUAAUCUGAGGACACGUCUGCUUGCUCUGCAUGUCCUGGAGGCAGUGCUUCCUGCCUGCGAGAACAGCGUUGAGGAUCAUCAGAUGACCCAGGUGGUGGAGCGGCUGUUCUCUCUGCUGUCAGACUGCAUGUGGGAGGCACCUAUAUCUCAGGCCAAACACACCCUCCACCUUCAGGAGCACGAGCAGGAGCUCAGACUCCAGGGAGAGGUUGAAGAGGAAGAGGAGAACUUGCCCAUUCAGGAAGUGAUCUUUGACCCAGAGAAGGCUCAGUGCUGUGUGGUGGAGAGUGGCCAGGUCCUGACCCAUGGCACUGGGGGCAAAGGUUACGGCCUUGCUGCCACGGGUAUUUCCUCCGGCUGCUACCAGUGGAAGUUCUACAUAGUGAAGGAGAAUCGAGGGAACGAGGGGACGUGUGUGGGUGUGUCUCGCUGGCCUGUGCAUGACUUCAACCACCGCACCACGGCUGACAUGUGGCUGUACCGUGCCUACAGUGGGAACCUGUACCACAGUGGAGAGCAGCCACUCACACUGGCCAGCUACACACAGGGAGACCACAUCACCUGCGUGCUGGACAUGGAGGCGCGCACCGUGUCCUUUGGCAAAAACGGAGAGGAACCCAAACUGGCCUUUGAAGAUGUGGACGCGACUGAGCUGUUCCCCUGUGUGAUGUUCUACAGCAGUAACCCUGGAGAGAAGGUCAAAAUCUGUGACAUGCAGAUGAGAGGGACACCACGUGACCUGUUGCCUGGCGACCCCAUCUGCAGCCCUGUGGCAACCGUGUUGGUGGAGGCCACCGUUCAACUGCUCCGUGUGCUGCACCGCUGGGAACGCUGGACUCCGCCUAUCAACCGCUGCAUGCUUCAGCGUCUCCAACAGAUCCGGGGCUGCCUGCGCGGCAGCGUGCCACCACCCGGGGGUGCCAGGCUGCGCAAAAGCCGCUCAGCCCAGAGCCGCGAGGAGCAGGAGGAGCGGGAGGAGGAGAGGGAGGAGCGUGCGGGCAAGGCCGGGAGACACACGUCCAUGGAGCUGUCCGAGUCCCACCUGCGCACACUGUGCUGCCAGGUGUGGCCCGUGCUGGCCGUGAUGGGAGGUGCAGACGGCGGGCUGAGGGUAGGCGGGCGCUGUGUGCACAGACAGACGGGCAGACACGCCACCCUGCUGGGCGUGGCCAAGGAGGGCAGCACCUCGGCCAAGGUGCAGUGGGACGAGGCCGAAAUCACCAUCAGCUUCCCCGCUUUCUGGUCGCCUAGUGACACUCCCCUGUACAACCUGGAGCCAUGUGAGCCGCUGCCCUUUGACGUGAUGCGUUUCCGUGGCCUGACCGCCGCCCUGCUGCGUGACCUCACCGCUCUGGCCUCACUGCAGGAUGACAGCACCAGGCCUUCGUCAUCAUCCUCCUCCUCCUCCCGCCGGCAUGAACGCCGGCACCGGCACGAGACGGAGCGGGAGGGCGAGGUGCAUCCGGAUGGCCGGGAAGGCACGUGCGACCUACGUGUCUCCCACAGCCUGGACGAGGUGCGCGCCCACGCCAGCACCCGCCCUGAACCUGCAGAAGGGGUGGGGCUUCGCACCAGUGCGCAGGAGGCAUCGGCCCUGGCAGAGUUACACGCCGUGCAGCUGUCCUACCUUUACCUGGGUGCCAUGAAGAGUGUGAGCACACUGCUGAGCUGCAGCAGGUAUGCUGAGCUUCUGCUCGUGCCCAAGGUGCCACCCGACGGCGGGCACAACGCAGACUGCAGCAGCCCUGGCAUCAGCGGCUCACACGAAGACGUGGAGAUGCGUGCUGCACUGCAGUUCCUCAUGCGCCACAUGGUGACACGGGCGGUCAUGAGGUCACCCAUCAAGAGGGCACUCAGCCUGGCACACCUGGAGCGGGCACACGCUAUGAUCUACAAACUAGUGGUCACCAGUCUGCUGAAGGGACAGGACGGGGAUGGAGCCAAGACAUUGCAUGCCGAGUGUGAAGAGCUGGAUGGUGACCCCCAGUUCCAGACUCCAGUCACCACCUCCCCCUCUGCCUCUAGCAGCACCUCCUUCAUGAGCUCCUCCUUAGAGGACACCACCACGGCAACCACACCCGUCACCACGGCAACCACACCUGUUACUGAUGCAGAGACUGCACCAGCCUCAGAGUCUCCAGGUGUUAUGCCUCUCAGCCUACUCAGACAGAUGUUCUCUAGUUACCCCACUACCACUCUGCUUCCUGCUCGCCGGGCUCAUACUCCCCCAGUGUCUCUACCCACAUCCCCCUCAGAUGAGCACGGACGGAGACAGAGCCUCACCUCUCCUGAGUCCCAGCCUGCUAGGACCGCCAACAGGACUGCACUCUCAGAUCCUAGCAGUCGACUCUCCACAUCGCCCCCUCCCCCCGCCAUCGCUGUGCCUUUACUGGAGAUGGGCUUCUCACUUCGCCAAAUAAUGAAAGCCUUGGAGGCCACAGGAGCCCGUGGCGAGGCAGACGCCCAGAACAUCACCGUAUUGGCCAUGUGGAUGAUUGAGCAUCCGGGCACCGAGGCUUCAGAGGACCAUCAUACCAUCGCCAGUGACUCCUGUGCUGGAGCAGCUGGGGGAGGCAAAAGUGCAGAUGGGAGCUACCUUCAGACCCCGGGGGACCCGCCCAGCACCCAGGGGGAGGACAGGGACCCGCCCAGCGCCCAGGGGGAGGAGACUUUCAGCCAGAGCCCUGAAGGACUUGAACAAGACUCCGCCUCCGCCUCAACUGGCCACGCCCCAAGAGGCCGUUCAGCAGCCAAUAGGAAGCAUCGGUUUGACCUGGCAGCUCGCACUUUACUAGCUCGCGCAGCUGGGCUGUAUCGCUCCGUGCAGGCCCAUCGCUCUCAGGUGCGUAGGGAGGGUCUUGGUCUCCAGCAGGACCCUGGCUCUCUGGGGGGCCUGUAUGACUUUAACCUGGACGAGGAGCUAGAGCUGGACCAGGAGGCCAUGGAGGCCAUGUUCAGCCAGGAGCUGGCAUCCGACUCCGACAUCCUGGGAAUGUGGAUCCCGGAGGUACUGGACUGGCCAACAUGGCACGUGUGUGAGUCCGAGGACCAUGGCGAGGUGGUGGUGUGUGAGCUCUGUGAUGCCAGCGUGUCCAGCUUUAACCAGCACAUGAAGAAGAGCCACCCAGGCUGUGGGCGUAGUGCCAACCGGCAGGGUUACCGUAGCAACGGCUCCUACGUGGAUGGCUGGUUUGGGGGUGAGUGCGGCAGUGGGAACCCCUAUUACCUGCUGUGUGGCAGCUGCAGAGAGAAGUACCUCAGCAUGAAGAACAAGACCAAAGGAGCCCUACCUGAGAGGUAUAAAGGUCAGGCUCCAGACCUUCUGGGAAAACAAGAUAGUGUCUACGAAGAGGACUGGGACAUGCUGGAUGUGGAGGAGGCUGAGCGUCUCACGGGGGUGGAGGAGUUUGAGCUGCUCUCAGCACCACUGGGUCUGAGUGAGCACAGACCUGUGCCUGACGCUGUUCACUUCCCCGACACCGACCCCCUCGGAGCCUCUGUCGCCAUGGUUACUGCCACCAACAGCAUGGAGGAGACCCUGCUGCAGAUAGGCUGCCAGAGCUCAGUGGAUAAGGGCUCUCCAGGCCGUGUGGCUCUGGGGGAACAGGCCGCUUGUCUCCAGAGCUCCGCGGAUCGUCUGGUGGCUCUCAGCAGAGUCACAGCUGCCACACAGGUGCUACUGGCCAGGACCAUGGUGAUGAGGGCACUGUCCCUCCUCUCAGUCAGUGGCUCCAGCUGCAGUUUGGCCGCUGGUCUGGAGUCUCUGGGACUGACGGACAUUAGGACCCUGGUGCGUUUGAUGUGCUUGGCUGCGGCAGGGCGGGCCGGCCUCUCCACAGGUCUGGCCUCGGGCCCUGGAACCUCCGAACGGCCCAGAGGAGCCAGCAAGCCCAGCAAGCCCAUCUCAUGCCUGGCAUACCUCAGCACGGCUGUAGGCUGCCUCGCUUCCAACAGCCCCACUGCUGCCAAACUGCUGGUGCAGCUGUGCACUCAGAACCUGAUCUCAGCAGCCACAGGGAUGAACCUGACCACCGUGGACGACCCCAUCCAGAGGAGGUUCCUGCCCAGUUUCCUACGUGGUGUGGCCGAGGAGAACAAGCUGGUGACAUCGCCCAACUUUGUAGUGACGCAGGCACUGGUGGCGCUCCUGGCAGAUAAGGGUGCCAGACUAAGACCCGGAUAUGACAAGGCUGAACUGGAGAAAAGAGGCCCGUUGGAGCUGGCCAAUGCACUGGCGGCGUGUUGCCUCUCGUCCCGCCUCUCUUCACAGCACCGCCAAUGGGCUGCACAGCAGCUGGUGCGCACACUGGCCGCUCACGACCGUGACAACCAGGGCCGGCCACAGAGCUUCGCUGACAUGGCUGGAGACCUGCGGAAGUGCUCCACUAUCAAACUGGAGGCUCACCAGGGCAGGGUGAUCUGCUGUGCCUGGUGCAGUAAAAAGGGAUUGCUGGCCACCAGCGGCAGCGACGGCACCGUUCGAAUCUGGAGUGUCAGCAAGAACCAGUACAGCCUGCAGCAGACCGUCGUCAACAGAACAGACAGCUCCCUGGAGGAGUGUGUGGGAGGCGUUCCGUCUCCUGGUGAGCCCAGCCUGGCUCCAGUAGCCUGGAGUGCGAGUGCAAAGUUCUUGGCUACAGCGGUGGAGAAAGUCGUCAACAUCUGGCAGGUCAAUGGUGGUAAGGGCUUGUUGGACCUGCAGCCUCACUGGGUGUCGUCAUUGGCCUGGCCAGAGAAUGAGGCGGGAUCUCUGUGGUCCGGGGAACCUCGGGAGUUGCUAUUGGUCGGCCGCAUGGAUGGAACGCUGGGCCUGAUCGAAGUCCUGGAUCCGUCCAAGAUGCACAGAACCGAACUACAGCACUGCUACAGAAAAAACGUGGCUGUGAUGCAUAUUGCAUGGUACAGUGAAGACCACCCCUUCGCUGUAGGCUAUGCAGAUGGAAAACUUCUCAUUGGCUCUAAAGAACCCCUGGAAAAUGGAUCUGUGGUGGUUAUCGAUGCCCACAAGGAGAGCAUCAGUUCAUUGGGCUGGGCUCCAGGUGGACGAAUACUGUCAAGCUGUGCCAAAGAGGAGAUUGUGCACCUGUGGGCAGAGUCAGGGGCAGGGCUUGGAUGGAACUGGGCGUGUCUUCAGAGCAUCACUCACCCCACUGUGGUGAAUACUGUUGCCUGGUGCACGCUGCCAGGUCAAGGACCCAAAGCACUGAAUAUGCUAGCCACUUGUUGUCAGAAUGGCCUGGUGUCUGUGUGGACAGUACCACAGGACCCCUCAGUCUUCUCCCAGGUCAGCACAGCCAGCCCAGAAGCAUGGUGGGAAAUGGAGUCCAAGUCUAAAACUAUGCUGCCCCCGCGACGGAGUGAGGCAGCAGUGUGUGUGUUUCAGCUGCGAGGUCACAUGACCCCAGUGCGGACAGUGGCAUUCAGUCCGGAUGGUCUGGCGCUGGUAUCUGGGGGUGUGGGAGGACUCAUGAAUAUCUGGUCCCUUCGAGAUGGCUCGGUGCUACAGACUGUGGUUGCUGGCUCUGGAGCAGUUCAGCACACCGUGUGGAUUCCUGAUGUUGGGGUGGCUGUUUGCUCCAAUCGCUCUAAGGAUGUUCUGGUAGUCAAUUGUUCCACGGAAUUCAUGGCAACCAAUCACGUAUUAGCAACCUGCCGUUCUGCUCUAAAGAAGCAAGGAGUUGUGGGAUUGAACAUGGCACCCUGCAUGAGGGCGUUCUUAGAGAGACUUCCCAUCAUGCUCCAGGACCAGUAUGUCUACGAGAAGCCUCAUGUAGUGUGUGGCGAACAGCUGAUCCACAGCCCAUACAUGCAGUGUCUGGCGUCUCUGGCUGUGGGGCUGCAGCUGGACUUACUGCUGUGCCAGCCAGCCCUCCCCCCCCACCUGGCUCACUGCCCCGCCCAGCCUGGCUCUUCCUCUUCCUCACAUGCCUGGGGCAGCAGUGAGUGGGCAUGGCUUCACUGCUUCUCCACCACAGUGAAGACGGCAGAGGCUCUUGCCCGUGGACACACCUUCCCAGAAUCCUUCAGUGUGCCUGACCUAGAGCCCGUGACCAAGGAUAAGAUGGCUGUCUUAAUGGACAACAGUAAAUGGGCUCCAGAGAUGGAUGAGCAGCUAAUGUCCUGGGCCACAUCCAGACCAGAGGACUGGCAUCUGGGGGGAAAGUGUGAAGUGUAUGUGUGGGGGGCUGGGCGACAUGGACAGCUUGCUGAAGCGGGUCGAAACAUUUUAGUACCAACACCUGUGUUCUCCUUCUCUCAGGCUCAACAGGUUGUGUGUGGACAGAAUUGCACCUUUGUGAUCCAGGCAAACGGGACAGUGUCUGCAUGUGGAGAGGGCAGUUAUGGCCGACUGGGACAGGGAAACUCUGAUGACCUGCAUGUCCUCACAGUUAUUUCAGCACUGCAAGGCUUCGUGGUGACCCAGCUGGUGACAUCAUGUGGCUCUGACGGUCACUCCAUGGCUCUGACGGAGAGUGGGGAAGUGUUCAGCUGGGGAGAUGGAGACUACGGCAAACUGGGUCAUGGGAACAGUGACCGACAGCGACGGCCACGACAGAUAGAGGCCCUGCAGGGAGAGGAGGUGGUGCAGAUGUCGUGCGGGUUUAAACACUCUGCUGUAGUCACAGCUGAUGGGAAACUCUUCUCCUUUGGGAAUGGAGACUACGGCAGACUGGGUCUGGGCAACACCUCCAACAAGAAACUUCCUGAGAGAGUCACGGCACUUGAGGGUCACCAGGUCGCACAGGUGGCAUGUGGACUAAAUCAUACCUUGGCAGUGUCUGCUGAUGGAAUGACAGUGUGGGCAUUUGGAGAUGGAGACUAUGGGAAGCUAGGGUUAGGAAACUCCACAGCUAAAUCCUCACCACAGAGGGUUGAUGUCCUGUGUGGAAUUGGGAUUAAGAAGGUGGCUUGUGGCACACAGUUUUCUGUGGCUUUAACCAAAGAUGGACAUGUUUACACUUUUGGGCAAGAUCGCCUGAUUGGUCUGCCUGAAGGGCGGGCACGCAAUCACAACCGGCCACAGCAGGUGCCCGCCCUGGGGGGCGUGAUCAUUGUGGAUGUAGCAGUAGGGUCUGAGCACACACUCUCGCUCUCGUCCGCCGGAGACGUCUAUGCUUGGGGCAGCAAUUCAGAGGGCCAGCUGGGCCUGGGUCACACCAACCACGUCAGAGAGCCAACGCUCAUUAAUGCUCUUCAAGGGAAGGGUAUCGAGCAGAUCUCUGCAGGACGCUGUCACAGUGCAGCAUGGACUGCACCGCCUGUCCCGCCCAGAGCACCAGGGUCGUCUGUGCCGUUGCAGUUGGGUUUGCCAGUGUCUGUCCCUCCUCAGUACAGUGCGCUGCGGGACACCAGCAUGGAGGUGCUCAGGGCACGACUCAGGCUACUUUACCACUUCUCAGACCUAAUGUACUCCUCAUGGAGACUGCUCAACCUCAGCCCCAGCCACCAGAACUGCACAUCUCACUAUAAUCUGGGGACGUGGGGUAUAGUUCAGGGGCAGUUGCGCCCCCUACUGGCCCCGCGUGUUUAUACACUCCCAAUGGUGCGCUCCAUUGGCAAAACCAUGGUGCAGGGAAAGAACUACGGCCCUCAGAUCACCGUGAAGAGAAUCUCCACUCGAGGGAGGAAGUGUAAGCCCAUUUUCGUGCAGAUUGCUCGGCAGGUGGUGAAGCUGAACGCGUCGGACCUGAGGCUGCCCUCACGUGCCUGGAAGGUCAAGCUUGUGGGGGAGGGGGCUGACGAUGCAGGGGGCGUGUUUGAUGACACCAUCACUGAAAUGUGUCAGGAGCUUGAAACUGGAGUGGUGGACCUGCUCAUUCCAUCCCCCAAUGCCACAGCAGAGGUGGGGUACAACAGGGACCGGUUCCUGCUGAACCCCUCUGCAUGCUUGGAGGAGCACUUGCUUCAGUUUAAGUUCCUUGGCAUCCUGAUGGGAGUCGCCAUCCGCACCAAGAAGCCCCUGGACCUGCACCUGGCGCCGGUGGUGUGGAAGCAGCUGUGUUGUGUCCCACUUACUCUGGAGGACCUGGAGGAGGUGGACCUGCUCUAUGUCCAGACACUCAACAGCAUACUGCACCUGGAGGACAGUGGCAUCACCGAACAGAACUUCCAUGAGAUGAUUCCUUUGGACUCCUUUGUGGGCCAGAGUGCUGAUGGGAAAAUGGUCCCAAUUAUUCCAGGAGGGAACAGUAUCCCACUGACCUUCUCCAACAGGAAGGAGUACGUGGAAAGAGCCAUUGAGUACCGUUUGCACGAAAUAGAUCGGCAGGUGGCAGCAGUGCGGGAGGGCAUGUCGUGGAUCGUGCCCGUCCCUCUGCUCUCUCUGCUGACGGCGCGGCACCUGGAACAGAUGGUGUGCGGGCUGCCUGAGAUUAGCGUGGACGUGCUGAAGAAGGUGGUGAGGUACCGAGAGGUGGAGGAGCAGCAGCAGCUGGUGCAGUGGUUCUGGCAGACGCUGGAGGAGUUCUCCAAUGAGGAGCGCAUGCUUUUUAUGCGCUUUGUGUCCGGUCGCUCACGACUCCCUGCCAACACUGCUGACAUCUCACAGCGCUUCCAGAUUAUGAAGGUGGACCGGCCAUACGACAGUCUUCCCACCUCUCAGACCUGUUUCUUCCAGCUCCGCCUCCCUCCAUACUCCAGCCAAUCGCUGAUGGCAGAGCGACUGCGCUACGCUAUCAACAACUGCCGUUCUAUCGACAUGGACAACUACAUGUUGUCUCGCAAUGUGGACAACGCAGAGGGCUCAGACACCGACUACUAAUGUCCUCCAUGCAUGAAGAUACACACACGGUGAACACCGUAUGGGCCCUGUUGAAGACGGACACACAUGGGCAACAUCAUAUGGGCCCUGUUGACGACUUGGUGGAGGCUUGACAGUUUUUAAACAUUUGAUGUUCAGACAUGUAAACAACUUGGUGGUUUUUGUUUUCACCUCUUUUCUUAGAAGUUAAAGCAAUCCAGAGGCUUAGGUGGGCCAGAGAAUAAACUAGAAUGUAUUACAUUUUCUCUACUUCUGUCUUUCUCACUCUUGUAUUCUUUCUUUAACCUCUUCUGUUUCUUUCUUGGCCCCACCCCCCUUUUCAGGGUUUUCUGCAUGAACAUGUUUAAUUUGGGGAGGGAAAAAAAAUGUAUAAAAUGAUCUACUGAAAAAAGGAAACAAUAUUGUACAUUGUGUAUAUGCUUCAUUAGAAAAGUGUUUUACUUAAGUAUCCAUAUUUAUUUUUGUUUUAAUUUUUGAAUUGCCUACACCCAGUUUCAUAACAGACAAAUAAAUCCUUCAGUAUCAAGAUUGUCUCCUCUUAUAAUUUCUGAAGUAAGGAUUUGACUGUGUGACUGAUUUGACUAGGAUGUCAUUUCUAAGAACCAGCAUGACGUAGCAGUUGGGAACGAACGCUAGGCUGUGCAUUCUGGGCAUACCAUCACACCCCCAGGGUUAAUACAGACAGUCAUAUAGUCCACAUUCAGAGUUCCUGCUACCAUACAGUAGGUCUUAACACAUUUUAAUGCAAGAAUGUUAAUACUAUAGUAUUAUAAAGUUCAGACAAUAUUCACUUGCAUGCAUAACCUUAAACAGUGAGAAAUGCACCAGCUAGUACUGUUUUCUGCAAUCGUACAUAUGUCAAAUAUAAAAUAACACCAGUUUCAUGUCUCUCACUGACAUUACCACAUAUUGGCCCAUUAAAGAUUUUGUUUCUUGUUUUCACUUCAGUGGUCAAGUAGAAAUAAAUAAUUUUUAGAAUCAUACGUUUGUGAAAGAAUUUAAGGUAAUUUUACAGCCUUAUUGUAUACUAAAUCUUUUGUAAUUUUCAGUAUAAAAUUUAAUAUUUCUGCUAGUUUAAGAAAAGUACAAAUAGUUUUUAAAGACAGACUGUAGAAAAAAAAAACAGAUUUUGGAACAUAAGGGCAAAGGUGAAACUCUAAACUCAACUGAGAAUUUAGGCUGGUGUUAGAAUGAGCACUUUGAGGAACUCAAACCUCAGAAACAUGCCCCCUUUCCAGGAGGUAGGACCAGAAGCUACCGAGGGGACAGAUUCUGUGUCCCUGGCUGAAGUCACAGAGGUAGUGACUCAGUGGCAAGGAACAAGGUGAUAGUUACACACUUCUACAAUAUCUCAUGGAAAUCAGUAACAGGGCCUCUAGCAAACUGGGUGAUGGUCCCCAUUUUUAAGAAAAGGGACCAGAGAAUGUGUGCACACUAUAGAGGGAACACACUUCCAUGCCAAGGUGCUUGAAAAGAGACAUCAUCCAACUGCUGAAUCUUAGAAGAGCUUGUCCAUCAUUCCACAGCCAGGACAGAAUCUGCUUUGUUCCU